AUGUCCGAGGAAUACUACGAUGAAGAUCCGUACGCUUACGAGGAUGACGAGUCCUCGAUCACGGCGGAAGAUUCGUGGACUGUAAUCUCAGCUUUUUUCAGGGAAAAGGGUCUGGUAUCGCAGCAACUAGACUCGUUCAACCAGUUCAUCAACUACACGAUCCAAGACUCCAUCAUGGAAGACUCCACGUUGAUUUUGGAACAGGUUGCUCAACACACUACAGAAACUGACAACAUCAGCAGGAAAUACGAAAUCAGUUUUGGGAAAAUCUACCUGGCCAAGCCGUCGAUGACAGAAUCGGAUGGUGUUUCGCACGCGAUGUAUCCCCAGGAGGCCAGAUUACGGAACCUAACGUAUGCGUCUGGUCUUUUCGUGGAAAUCCGGAAACGUACUUACGAAGCUGUGGACGUCCCAGGCAGAGAUCUGAAAUACGAAGUUAUUGACGAGGAGAGUGAAAUGUCUGACGAUAGCAAAAUUUUCAUUGGUAGAGUGCCCAUCAUGCUGCGGUCCAAAUACUGUCUGCUGGAUGAGCUAACCGAAAGUGAUCUUUACAAGCUGAAGGAAUGUCCGUUUGAUAUGGGUGGGUAUUUUAUCAUCAACGGGUCUGAAAAAGUUCUUAUUGCUCAAGAGAGAUCCGCAGGAAAUAUUGUGCAGGUUUUCAAAAAAUCCGCACCAUCUCCAAUUUCGCACAUUGCAGAAAUCAGGUCGGCGCUGGAGAAAGGGUCCCGGUUCAUCAGUACGCUUCAAGUUAAACUUUACGGUCGUGAGGGAAAUACAAACCGUACCAUCAAAGCAACACUUCCCUACAUCAAGCAAGAUAUUCCAAUCGUCAUUAUUUUCAGAGCUCUUGGCAUUAUUCCUGAUGGUGAAAUUCUGGAGCACAUCUGCUACGACGUCAAUGACUGGCAAAUGCUCGAGUUGCUCAAGCCAUGUGUGGAAGAAGGUUUCGUUAUUCAGGAUAGAGAAACUGCAUUAGACUUUAUCGGUCGUCGUGGUACCGCGCUUGGUAUCAAGAAGGAGAAAAGAAUUCAGUACGCUAAAGACAUUCUGCAAAAAGAAUUUUUGCCUCAUAUCACGCAAUUAGAAGGGUUCGAAAGUAGAAAAGCUUUUUUCUUAGGUUACAUGAUCAACAGGUUGCUAUUGUGUGCCCUUGAUCGUAAAGAUCAAGACGAUCGUGAUCAUUUUGGUAAGAAAAGAUUAGAUUUGGCUGGUCCAUUACUAGCACAGCUUUUCAAGACUCUCUUCAGAAAACUGACAAGAGACAUUCUGAGAUUCAUGCAGCGUUCUGUUGAAGAAGCUAAAGACUUCAACCUGAAACUGGCUGUUAAGGCCACCACGAUUACCGCUGGGUUGAAGUACGCUCUGGCUACUGGUAAUUGGGGUGAACAAAAGAAGGCUAUGACCUCCAGGGCCGGUGUCUCUCAAGUUUUGAAUAGAUACACAUAUUCUUCGACCUUGUCGCAUUUGAGAAGAACCAAUACACCUAUCGGACGUGACGGUAAACUUGCUAAACCUCGUCAACUGCAUAAUACACAUUGGGGGCUUGUUUGUCCUGCUGAAACACCUGAAGGUCAAGCUUGUGGUUUGGUGAAAAACUUGUCACUGAUGUCUUGCAUAUCGGUAGGUACGGAUCCAGUCCCCAUUAUCACGUUUCUGAACGAAUGGGGUAUGGAACCAUUAGAAGAUUACGUUCCACAUCAAUCUCCUGAUGCUACAAGAGUAUUCGUCAACGGUGUAUGGCAUGGUAUUCACAGAAAUCCUGCUAAGCUUGUGGACACGAUCAGAAAACUGAGAAGAAAAGGUGAUGUCACCUCAGAAGUUUCGAUUGUCAGAGAUAUUCGUGAAAAGGAGUUGAAAAUUUCCACUGAUGCUGGUAGAGUUUACAGACCUCUUUUCAUUGUCGAUGAGAACGAAGAAACUGGUACUAAGGAGCUCAAGUUAAGGAAGGGACACGUUAGGAAAUUGAUGAUGACCGAAUAUCAGGAUAUUGAAGGAGGUUUUGAAGAGGAGGAUGUCAACUAUACGUGGACUUCGCUAUUAAAUGAGGGCUUGGUGGAAUACAUUGACGCUGAGGAGGAAGAAACGAUUCUGAUUGCCAUGCAACACGAAGAUCUCGACCCUAACUUGGGUGCAGUGGAUCCCGAGGAAGAAUUGGAUCCUGCUAAGCGCAUCAAAGCCAUCCAUCACUCCAAUACGUUUACACACUGUGAGAUUCAUCCCUCGAUGAUUCUUGGUGUAGCUGCGUCUAUUAUUCCGUUCCCAGAUCACAAUCAAUCCCCUCGUAACACCUACCAGUCAGCUAUGGGUAAACAGGCGAUGGGUGUUUUCCUCACAAACUAUAGCGUUCGUAUGGAUACUAUGGCCAAUAUUCUGUACUAUCCUCAAAAGCCGCUAGGUACCACGCGUGCCAUGGAAUACCUAAAGUUCAGAGAACUUCCAGCCGGUCAGAACGCCAUUGUAGCCAUUGCAUGCUACUCGGGAUACAAUCAGGAAGAUUCGAUGAUUAUGAAUCAGUCAUCAAUUGACUCCGGGUUAUUCAGAUCGUUGUUUUUUAGAUCAUACAUGGAUCAAGAAAAACGUAUCGGUAUGUCUAUCACCGAGUCUUUUGAGAAACCACAACGCACAAACACUUUGCGCAUGAAACACGGGACAUACGAUAAACUAGACGAUGACGGUUUGAUAGCGCCGGGUGUCAGAGUGUCUGGAGAUGAUAUGAUCAUAGGUAAAACCACACCUAUUCCCCCAGAUGCCGAGGAACUGGGUCAAAGAACCGCAUUCCACUCUAAACGUGAUGCUUCUACUCCUCUAAGAAGUACCGAAAAUGGUAUUGUUGAUCAAGUAUUGAUCACAACUAAUCAAGAGGGUUUGAAGUUCGUGAAAGUUAGGGUAAGAACUACCAAAGUACCACAAAUCGGUGACAAAUUUGCAUCUCGUCACGGUCAAAAAGGUACCAUCGGUAUCACAUAUCGUAGAGAGGACAUGCCUUUCACUGCAGAAGGUGUGGUUCCAGAUUUGAUCAUCAACCCACACGCUAUUCCUUCUCGUAUGACUGUUGCUCACUUGAUCGAGUGUUUGUUGAGUAAAGUCGCCGCGCUGUCAGGUAACGAAGGUGACGCCUCGCCAUUUACUGACAUUACAGUGGACGGUAUUUCCAGGCUAUUGCGUGAACAUGGUUACCAGUCGCGUGGCUUCGAAGUCAUGUACAAUGGUCACACGGGAAAAAAACUCAUGGCUCAGAUAUUUUUCGGUCCAACCUAUUAUCAGCGUUUGAGACAUAUGGUCGACGACAAAAUCCACGCCAGAGCUCGUGGUCCUGUACAGGUCCUGACCAGACAACCUGUGGAAGGUAGAUCCAGAGAUGGUGGUUUGAGAUUCGGAGAAAUGGAACGUGACUGUAUGAUUGCACAUGGUGCUGCAUCUUUCCUAAAGGAAAGAUUGAUGGAGGCCUCUGAUGCUUUCAGAGUUCACAUCUGUGGUAUAUGUGGUCUGAUGACAGUCAUUGCGAAGUUAAAGCACAACCAGUUUGAGUGCAGAGGUUGCAAGAACAAAAUUGACAUCUAUCAAAUUCACAUUCCAUAUGCCGCCAAGCUUCUGUUCCAGGAGCUGAUGGCCAUGAACAUUGCACCACGUCUCUACACAGAUAGAUCAAGAGACUUUUGA